GCGACUCGCGCGCUCAUCCGCUCCCCAAUUUUGGCUCCCCCCCACGAACCUCCCCCGCCCCCCUCUCUCUCUCCAUGACUCCACCUCCAGGCCACCCCGAGUCCGCUCCCCUCACGGCCUCACCCUACACUGCUACGGGGACCCUCGCACCCGCUGAUCGCCGUUGCAAUGCAGCUCGCCAGCGAGCACCCCGCCUGCGGGCGCGCGAGCGCCGAGGGGGAGGCCUUCGUUCCGCGCAGCGGGGCCCAGGGCCUGCGCCGCCGCACCGGCGCGGCCCCGCUCGACUACUCGAGCCCCCGCAGCGGCCGCGCGGGCGACGGGAAGCGCACCACCUUCCGGGAGGACGUCGGGCACGCCGCCGCCGAGACGUACCUCGUCACGGGCCUCGCCUUCACCCUGCUCGGAUACCUCGGGGUUAGUUAUCGGUGGAUAUCGCAGCUUAUUGCACUCCUUGUUUAUGCAGUUCUACUCAUGCCUGGUUUCAUAAAAGUUGGGUACUACUAUUUCUUUUCAAGACAUGUUAUUAGAAGUGUAAUCUAUGGAGAACAACCAAGAAAUAGGUUGGAUUUGUACAUACCCAAAGAUAAUAGCAAAUCAAGUCCAGUUGUGGCAUUCGUAACUGGUGGAGCUUGGAUCAUUGGUUACAAGGCUUGGGGUGCUCUCCUUGGAAGGCGGUUAGCAGAGAGAGGAAUUAUAGUAGCUUGUAUUGAUUACAGAAAUUUCCCUCAAGGAACAAUAAGCGACAUGGUCAGUGAUGCUUCUGAGGCGAUAUCAUUCAUUUGUAACAAUGUUGUUAGCUUUGGAGGGGAUCCUAAUAAAAUCUACUUGAUGGGCCAAUCAGCAGGAGCACAUAUCGCGGCCUGCGCUCUCUUAGAGCAAGCAAUUAAGGAAUCUAAGGGAGAGAAUACCUAUUGGAAUGUGGCUCAAAUAAAAGCAUAUUUUGGUUUAUCUGGAGGAUACAAUAUCCAAAAUUUGGUCGAUCACUUUCAUGAGCGUGGUCUUUAUCGUUCAAUAUUUCUCAGCAUAAUGGAGGGAGAGGAAUCACUGCCACAUUACUCACCUGAAAUUGUCGCCAAAAAAUUAAGUGCAGAAACCAUAUCUCUACUACCUCAGAUUGUACUAUUGCAUGGAACAGCAGAUUACUCCAUACCAUCAUCUGCCAGCGAAACUUUUGCUGAUGUCCUUAAACAAGCUGGUGGAAAAGUAGAGUUACAAUUGUAUAAAGGGAAAACACAUACUGAUGUAUUUUUACAGGAUCCACUAAGGGGCGGCAGGGACAAACUGGUUGAAGAUGUUUUAUCUGUCAUUCAUGUUGAUGAUGCAAGUGCGCGUGAGAGGGACGCUUCGGCACCUACCCCUGAGCGCCUGGUUUAUGAAUGGCAAAUUAAAUUGGCCCGCCAAAUUAGUCCCUUCUAAACAGGUCUGUACACAGAAAGGAUUUGUUCCAAGACUUCAACAAGCAUGUGUUGCAACGUGAUAAACUACGUGGGGUACAUGAUAUUUUUUGGGAUUUUCACUGGGUCAAGCAAACGCAGCUUCAAUCUUUGUUUGCAGGGCGCCAGUUGCCAAUGAUGGCAGAAGAUUUGCCACUGAUGGAAGAAAUAAGAUUUUUGAGGGGUCUCUAGGCUGUAGGCAGUGCUCUACUAUACUACACCUGUUUAAUUUCCUUGGUUUCUUUUUACAAAAUAUAUGAAAUCCUGAUACAAUUCUGUAAAUAGAAUACGAAGUUGUUUCAUCAUCGUAAAAAAACGUGGGCAAUUCAUGUGGGAAAUGUUAAAAGUGAGAUUAUUUGUUGCUGCCAA